CUGAAAAAGAGCACACAAAACGAAAAACACAUUUAAGAUAGAUUCACUUAUUUUCUGUGUUCAUACAAACCUGAAUCUUGGAAGAUGUUUCUUAUGAUGGAUUAUGGUCAAAAUGAAUAAUUGCGCAGUAGUUUUUUUGUUGAAAAUAGCACUGUUUCUUUAGACGUUACUCACCUCAGAACAAAUCCAGGAAUGAACUAGAAAGGGAGGGACUUGGUAUUUAUACCCUGUGACGUUUUUGACGUCAUACGGGUGUCGAGCAUGCGCUUUCUGGGGUUUUCAUGGUAACAAAAUGGAGUUUUUGGUCACGCGCUGUUGUAGAACGACCUUCAUUGUCCAUCAAGGACAGAAACCAGGGCCUUGCACACGUUUUGUACAUUCUCAUUUCAAUUUCUUUCACGCCUCAAGUCUAUUGUUGCUUAUCAGAACAAAUUUGAAUCACUAUCAGUGAUAACUCGCAAAAUAUGUUACUUGUACUUAGUUAUAAUAUCACAUUUGGGUAUAAUUUCGAUUGUAAUAUUUCUACAAAAUGGCUGCGACGCACUCGAGCACGUUGCCUGCCACACCCGCGGACACGAUCAAAACCUUGCCCUUAAAUUUCAAAUGACGAAAUUAAUAAUGAUUUAAAAAUCACAAAAUAGAUUCAUUGAAGUCCAAAAUUAGUUUAUUUGGUCAUGCACACAUAAAUAAUGUGCUACCUCACAUUUCACCUGUAAACUUUCAACCCUCAGCUGUGAACGUCAAAAUGGCAGCAUCCAUACGAGGCAUUGGAAGAAUUGUAUGCCGUGUGACCCCUUUGCUUUUACAGAAUAUUCGGCAGAAUAAGAGUUUACCUGUCAGGCUUUGGACCCGGGCUGUGUUUCCAGGUGUGCAGUCCAGCCUCGUUCUCUGCACUGCAGCCUCACCCGAGAUCCCCAGUAAUGCCGGGGAGGCGCUUGCCCGCUACAAGGACAGACCAUGGGACUACCUGGAGAGCGAAGAGUACAUAGCGCUCUAUGGAACCAGUCCAGUGUGGUCUGACUACAGGAGGAACCACAAAGGAGGUAUUCCUCCUCAGAAGACGCGCAAGACUUGCAUUAGAGGAGACAAGAUAUGUGGGAACCCCUGUCCAAUCUGUCGAGACUCCAAUGUCAUCAUUAACUAUCAGAACGUGAAGCUACUGCAACAGUUCAUCAGUCCAAAUACAGGCAUUGUCUAUGACUCCACACGGACAGGAGUGUGUCAGAAACAGCAAAAGCAGCUCAAUCAGGCGAUUGGCACUGCAAGAGACCAUGGGCUUCUACCCUUCCAGGUUCCUCAUGUGGACUUCUCAGGAGAGGACUACUCCAACUGCCAUGACGCAGUGGGCUCAACCCCUCCUCCCCCCACCAUUACCUCUGGUGAUCCUUGGUACCGGUGGUACCACACCAUACAGCCAGACGAGACUGAAGUGGCUAAAGUCAAGAAGACCUAUAAGGCAUAUUUGAAAUAGAUAAGACCUACCUGAAAUUGAUGAGGGCGUAUCAGAGGAAUUAUGGUGAAAGUUUGAGGAUUUAAUUUGGUGUUUCUGGACAGAGCACAUUUUGUUCAUAAAACACAAAUUAGUGUCAAAGUAUUCAGAUAGUUAGUGUUUUGUUUUUGGACCUUAAGCUAAAUUGCCUUUCAUAUUUCUAGUCUUACGCAAACAAUAUGCUAAAACACGUCAGAUUAAUUCCAGACCCUUCUCCCAGGCUACAAUUGAUCAGAUCAGUUACAGUACAUACUAUAUGGACCAUCCGAGUAAUCUGUCUAAUCUCAUAUCCAUGGUUUUGUAUUUAAAGAGCAAGUGGUACAAUAAAAACAUGUAAGAUGCAAAAUCA